GCCCAGAAAGAGCAUUUUGGAACUGUAAUUACAUUCAACUAGGAUAUUUCAAUUUUGGAGAAGUUAUCCAAUUUCAAAUAAGAGGUUCCCGUCUGCUUUCAUGCUUUGUUCUGAUGAAUUAUUUAUCAAGCAACAGAAAGAAACCUACACCUCAAUAUCAUUAAUAUUUAAAUGUUAAAAAUGUUUUGUUGGGUCAGUUGCUCUGCAUGCUCAUGGUGCGAUCUUUCAAAACUAAACUUAUAAACUAGCAAGAAUAUGCAUUUUAUUUACUUCUAUUUCAAAUGUCUUUCUGAGGUAUAUGGCAUUUCUGGUGGUGUAAAUGAAGCAGACAAGUUGAAGAAACCAACGAUUAUAAAUGAUCUGGUCUAAUUCCGAUUGAAUAUGUGAAGGAUUUUCUCGUUUUAAAAAACCCAAACAAAAUGCUGCGGAUAAUUCGAGGUCGAUCAUCGACAGGAUCUGGAUGCGUAUUAAGCGAUUUCGGGGCUUCAAGCUUUGAUGACACAGUUAGUGACCGGGACACGUUGUCCGAUUGUUCGGUCAGGUACUUUUGCGAAUCUGCCUCCGUGAGUUUAGAAAACGUAACACAGCCGUGUGCUGUUACAUCGAGUAAUUCCUCAAGGAAAAACAUGGAGUCCCAAAAUAAUGAUAGCGCGAGUAAGGAUAUGGAUUAUAAUGGCUUUGAGCGUGACAGGGUCGAACUCGGCGAUGGAAUCGAUAACCUCAUGUCAACUUCAAUUAAUAAAGAGGACUCUUUAAUCAAUUCUUGUUCUUUCAAGCACGAUGAAUUGACUGUGGAUGAAAUCAUUGACAGAAUUGGAUUUGGUAGAUUUCAAAUCAGAUUGAUGUUCAUGGCUGGUUUUGUUUGGAUGGCAGAUGGAAGUGAAAUGAUGCUUCUCUCAAUCCUCGCCCCAACACUAAAGUGCUUCUGGUAUCUUUCUUCAUUCCAAGAAGCCUUUAUCACAACGGCUGUAUUUUUUGGUCUUAUGAUUGGUUCAGGCUUCUGGGGCAUUGUGAGUGACAAAUAUGGUAGAAAAAAGACCUUGUUGCUGAGUACCGCUAUUGUCUUGUACUUUGGUAUACUCAGUUCCCGUGCACCAUCAUAUGGAUGGAUUUUAGCUGUUCGGCUUUUUGUUGGCUUUGGAAUUGGUGGUGCUCCACAAGCAGUUACUUUGGUAACAGAAUUGCUACCUUCAGCUAUAAGAGGGAAGUGCAUCAUUCUUCUUGAGAUGUUUUGGGCUGUCGGUUCUAUAUUUGCUGUUUCUCUUGCUCUUGGUACAGUAAACACAAUUGGAUGGCGAUGGUUCUUAGCCCUGAUUACAGUCCCACUGUUUCCAUUUUUGCUUCUUUCUAAGUGGGUGCCUGAGUCGCCAAGAUAUCUUUUGACGGUUGGGAGGAAAAAGGAAGCAUUGGAGAUACUAAAAAAUAUAGCAAAAGAAAAUGGAAAGGAAAUGCCAGCAGAGAAAAUCAUAACUUCGGAAAUUCCAGUUGGCAAUGGAAAACUUAUGGAUCUUUUUGGCCGAGACUAUCGUCGCACAACUCUAACAGUUUGGAUAAUAUGGUUUUCGGCGGCGUUUUGCUACUAUGGAAUAGUCUUGCUAGCAACUGAAAUGUUCCAAACAAAAAUUGAUGCGUGCCACCCUAAAGGCAUUAGUGUUGAAUCAAUGGCUUGUGGCUGUAAUUACCUUACUACAAGAGAUUACACUGACUUUAUGUGGACUACUGUAGCUGAAGUUCCUGGUAUUUUAAUCACCAUUCCGAUUGUGGAGUGGAUUGGUCGAAAGAAAACUCUGGCUCUUGAAUUCUUUGCAGCGGCUGUUUUUUUCCUACUCAUGCUCAUCUGUUUAAACAGAACAGCUGAGGUUGUUUUUAUGUUUGGUGUAAGAGCAUGUGUAACAGGAGCUUUCCAAACGGCCUAUGUCUAUACUCCAGAGGUAUUUCCUACGAAUGUCAGAUCUUUUGGACUUGGUAGUUCAAGCUCAUUUGCAAGAAUAGGGGCAAUGACAACGCCUUUCAUUGCGCAGGUUCUGUUCAAUUCAUCGUUUUCAUCUGCAAUUUUAAUAUAUGCCGCUGUUUUGUUCCUCUGUUCUAUUGCAUCUCUACUUUUGCCCAUUGAAACUAAAGGCAGAGUCCUCGAGGAAACCACGAGUAUGUCUGUUUCGUACCAUAAAGAUGGUUAUGACAGACUGCGAUAGCAUAUGAUUGUUUCAAGUAUCUUUAUCUUUCAAAUUCUUAAUCAAAUGGUUUUUGUAGAUCUAUAUUUAAUUGAACAUUUUGCAUUCUUUGUAAUGUAAGUAUCAAUUUUAUUUCUUGGUAGCAACCAUCUAUUCAAUUCCAUCCCAACCCCCACAAAUCGAUUUUCACAAUUUUAGUUAGGUCCACGUGACAGUCUUUAUGAAUGUAAUUUUUGUCAUUUUUUUAAGUCAAGUAGAAAUGCUAGGCUAUUUAUUUUUUGUUAUUUUCUAAUAUUUAUUCGGUUGGAACACAUUGCAAUUGUAUUUGUAAAAGGGACAUUUUAUUUAUCGAAGUAUGCAUUUCACAGCACACCAUUCAACAUAGAUUCUUUUUCAAAAAAGGACAUUGUUUCAGUUCAUACAAAAUCGAUUUAGCUUUUAGUUAGUCAACUUCGAUGGAAGUUACAAUUUUUAGAAUUUCAUACAAGUAAUUUACAUCUCAUUGCCACCCAGAAAUAUCUUCCAAAGGUGUAGUUAAUAUGACUCGGCUUUUUGUAGAAGGCUAAUAUGUAUCGCUUUCUCUAACCCUUUCCCCUUCCGUACUUAUCAAAACACCUUCAACAAUAAAAAUUUCUCUCAGGCUUGACGAACCUCCUCUUGCAUUAAUUUUUGAGAGGCAUGCCUCUCCUCUGUAAAACAUUAAUUUAAAAACUCCCUGUGGUACCCUGAUCUUUCAGUGGAUUAGUACCCGUAAUACUGUUAUUCUCUAAUUCUUUAUUAAGAUAGCAUAUAGAUUUAACUCAUGUCACAUUCGUACACACUUGCAUUUUGCUAUAUAUAUGCAUUUAGUUUUGUAUUUAUUUCUCCCAAGAUCAGUAGUUUUUUGGUAUUGACAUGAUUAAUAUUUGUGAUUUAAUUUGCCUAAUAAUUUGAGUCGUAAUCGUGAUUUUUGUGAAGAUAGAGAGCAGUUGCUAAAGAAUUUAAAGUCAAAUGUGCAGCAUCCGAGACCUUUCGCCUUUAUUUUUAUGGAUUGGUGGCACCGGUAACAGGCUUAGUGAUUCAAUGAUGUAUACCAAGGCUGCCUUCCAUAAGAGCUCAAUAUCUUUGAAGUCGAUGCAAGAAUAUUGUAUUUGACAAAAGCCUGAAUCAUAUUUGGACCAUCUUGACAAAGGUAAUAUGGAGCAAGCUGGGCAGAAAAAUUGAAUAUUUAUGGAAAAUAAUUGUAUUGCUAGCAGUUGAUUUAUUUAACAUUACCAAGCAUA